AUGAGCCGGAGCGGCGGAGCCCAGCUGCCCGCGACCGCGCUCACCGGCCCGGGACGCUUCCGUAUGGCCCGCGAGCAGCCGGCGCCCGCGGCGGUGGCGGCAGCCAGGCAGCCCGGGGGCGACCGGAGUGGCGAUCGGGCACUGCAGGGGCCAGGGGUCGCCCGCAGGGGGCGGCCGUCACUGAGUCGCACUAAAUUGCACGGGCUGCGGCACAUGUGCGCGGGGCGCACGGCGGCGGGAGGCUCCUUCCAGCGGCGAGCGCUGUGGGUGCUGGCCUUCUGCACGUCCCUGGGCUUGCUGCUGUCCUGGUCUUCGAACCGCCUGCUCUACUGGCUCAGCUUCCCGUCACACACUCGAGUGCACCGCGAGUGGAGCCGCCAGCUGCCGUUCCCUGCCGUUACCGUGUGCAACAACAACCCGCUGCGCUUCCCGCGCCUCUCCAAGGGGGACCUCUACUACGCCGGCCACUGGCUGGGGCUGUUGCUGCCCAACCGUACCGCGCGCCCGCUGGUCAGCGAGCUUUUGAGGGGCGACGAGCCGCGCCGCCAGUGGUUCCGCAAGCUGGCCGACUUCCGCCUCUUCCUGCCGCCGCGCCACUUCGAGGGUAUCAGCGCUGCCUUCAUGGACCGCCUGGGCCACCAGCUGGAGGACAUGCUGCUCUCCUGCAAGUACCGGGGCGAGCUCUGUGGCCCGCACAACUUCUCCUCAGUGUUUACAAAAUAUGGGAAGUGUUACAUGUUUAACUCAGGCGAGGAUGGCAAGCCUCUGCUCACCACAGUCAAGGGGGGGACGGGCAACGGGCUGGAGAUCAUGCUGGACAUUCAGCAAGAUGAGUACCUGCCCAUCUGGGGAGAGACAGAGGAAACAACGUUUGAAGCAGGAGUGAAGGUUCAGAUCCACAGUCAGUCUGAGCCGCCUUUCAUCCAAGAGCUGGGCUUUGGGGUGGCUCCGGGGUUCCAGACCUUCGUGGCUACACAAGAGCAGAGGCUCACAUAUCUGCCCCCACCGUGGGGGGAGUGUCGGUCCUCAGAGAUGGGGCUAGACUUCUUUCCUGUUUACAGCAUCACCGCCUGUCGCAUUGACUGUGAGACCCGCUACAUCGUGGAGAACUGCAACUGCCGCAUGGUCCACAUGCCAGGGGAUGCUCCUUUCUGCACCCCUGAGCAGCACAAGGAGUGUGCAGAGCCUGCCCUAGGCCUCCUGGCAGAAAAGGACAGCAAUUACUGUCUCUGCAGGACACCAUGCAACCUGACCCGCUACAACAAAGAGCUCUCCAUGGUGAAGAUCCCCAGCAAGACGUCAGCCAAGUACCUGGAGAAGAAAUUUAACAAAUCUGAAAAAUAUAUCUCAGAGAACAUUCUGGUUCUGGAUAUAUUUUUUGAAGCGCUCAAUUACGAGACAAUUGAACAGAAGAAGGCGUAUGAAGUCGCUGCCUUACUUGGUGACAUUGGUGGUCAGAUGGGAUUGUUUAUUGGUGCUAGUAUCCUUACAAUACUAGAGCUCUUUGAUUAUAUUUAUGAGCUGAUCAAAGAGAAACUAUUAGACCUGCUUGGCAAAGAAGAGGAGGAAGGGAGCCAUGAUGAGAACAUGAGCACCUGCGACACAAUGCCGAACCACUCUGAAACCGUCAGCCACACUGUGAAUGUGCCCCUGCAGACAGCUUUGGGCACCCUGGAGGAGAUUGCCUGCUGACACCUCAGGCAACCCAGCACCUCCAAAUAGACCUUAAGGCCCAAGACCCAGGACAGGGGACAGCAAGUUCAGGUGGGAUGGCCCCUGAUGACAGAAAGAAGCAAGAGCCCCCCCCAUGCACACAUUGCGAACUUCUGCCAAACCUCACUCUGGCCACAUCUGACAUGAACCGUCCCGGGCCCUGCCACUUGUCCCUUGUAGGACCAAUGAGUCCCACUCCGGAACUGUCCAAGAACUAACCUGCCAUCACAUCUCACUGCCAAGAUGUACAAAGCACCUGCAUGCUCAGACUUCUUACGGCGCCACCUCCUCUUCUGUCUUGUACAUGGUAUUUUCUCCGUGCAGUUUCCAGAGCCCACUCUGCUGCCCACGCAGCAGCACCAGGUUCCAGCCCCAAAGUCACCCUGAGCCCAGCUCUGGAAUCAAAACUGCACAGUCAAGAAGGAAACCACAGAACUCUCUACAACGUUUGGUCCUUGUGUUGUUUGUGAAGGUUCUUAACCUGCCCACAAACCCCUGUCUCCCAAACUGGCCAUGGGGCUCCUGCACUAAAGGUGACCAGUGCCAACCUCCUCCUUAUCCCAGCACCUGUGGAGGUGACACAGUGGCCUGGGUGACAGCCGUAUUCGUCCAUGGAACCACGUUGUUGUUCUCACCCUGUAACACAUCUGUAGUUUGAUUUUUGUUUUGUUUUGUUUGGGGCUGGGGCUGUUUUUGUCUAUUGAAGGUCAUUUUGGUUUGCUGUUUUAUGGUCUUUGGUUUUGAUGUUCUAAGGUUCAGUUUGGGUUUUCCACUUUUCUUUGGAGUUUAUUUAUUCGUGCUUCAAACCACAGUCAUAUUAAAAGCUGGUCUUGUGGAA